AAAGAGGCGCCAUUUUCAUUUUCCGAAGCUAGCUCAGCCUGAAGAGUGAAAAGCUUUCUAGUCACAAUCUCAAGGAGUUUUUCGACAAAGUAAUACAAUUUCUUCGAUUAAUAAUGAAGCCCACCUGCACACAAUCUCCAACAUCACCUACGGAACAUGCCUUGGACACAAGUAGUAGUUCCAAGUACAAGGGUGUAAGAAAGAGGAAAUGGGGGAAAUGGGUGGCCGAAAUUCGACUUCCCAACUGCCGUGAGCGUAUUUGGUUAGGGUCUUACGACUCGGCGGAGAAAGCAGCCAGGGCGUUUGAUGCGGCUCUUUAUUGUUUACGUGGCCCUGAUGCUAAAUUCAAUUUCCCUGAAAAUCCACCAGAAAUAGUUGGAGGGAGGUCGCUUAGCCCGCAAGAAAUUCAAGUGGUAGCUGCUAGGUUUGCUAACGAGUUGAAGGAAGAAACUGGUAGGACUCCAGGGAAUAAUAACAAUAAUGAUACUACUAAUAAUAGUUCAAAUAACAACAAUGUGGCGACGGAACAGUACACAUCGUCUUCAUCGAUGCCAGUGUCGGGUGAGGGAGCGGCAACACAAGUGGAGAGCGAUGAAAUGAUAGAUUGGUCGUCGUUUUUUAGCAUAUCGGAUACCAACCAAGGGAUGUCCGAUUAUGGCUUUUAUGCAGGGCUGGAUCACUUGCCUGAUGACCAACUCUUUCCUCCACCAAUAGCUCCCUCGCCCAUUGAUGACAACGUGGAUGAUGAUGAAAACUGUGGCGACGAUUUUUCACAGUCAUCGUUUCUUUGGAACUUCUAAGCCAAAUAUACCUCAAGCAUCAGAG